GGACUGCCUCUGUUGACUUCCGGGAACAUGGCGAUCACCGGGGCGGCGGAUGACCACUGGCGGAGUGCAAGGGGAGUGUAACGGAAGGCCGGGCGCCCCGAGGUUACAGGCCUGACAGACGAGUCCGCCGCGGCGACAGGACACGAGUCUCGUGUGUGGAUCUGUAUCGAGAUCAUAGAGAGAAACAGUUCCGCUCAGGCAGCUUUACCUUCACCUACACUGAUAAUCACUGACUUUAGCUGCUGGAAAAGAGUCGCGCAUGAUGAUCAAGCCAUGUCCUACCGGAUCGCACCAAAUUCACGCACUAUAUUAGCCAUAUUUUAAUAAAACUCUCGCGGUUUCGUGACGCGGAGCAGAUCAACCGCAGCUUCAACACGCAGAUACUGUGAAAUCAUCAUCGGUGUAGCAGUUUGUUAGCAGCGCGCAGCUCUGCUCCUCUUCCGGGGCCUCAGCAGAUGCUCCAUAAAUCCUGCUUUUACAACAUGUCAGUCCCGUUAAAGCUUUUAUUAAAAAUCAGUUUGUAAUUCCACGCGGCUGUGCAGCACAGUUAGCCCUCGAAUGAUUUGAAUCGAGAGCAAUAAUCUUGCCAAUGCCACCAACUCCUGCGUGUGAACUCAUCCUCCUGACCCUGCACGUCCAUCCACGCUCCAGCCUCUGAGAUAAACAUGAGUGUUCUUUUGAACUUCACUGUUGGACCACCCUAUAUACCAUGCUGGGGUUGCCUGUAUGCUUUGGCCUCUUAACCUGCAGGAGAUUCUCCUCGCCCCACCAGCGUUCUCGCCUACUGAGUCUAGGUGCUCUCACUAGUAUGUACACCACACGUAUGUACAGCGGUGGUGGGGGCAAGCCAGGUCGCCGCAUCGGCCUGGUAGGAGGAGGGCCGCCCAUGCUGGAGAACCACCAUCAUCCGCUCCCACCACAUCACCCCCAUGUCCAUCAGCCUCAGAGCUAUCCACCUGUUUAUCAAGCCCGUCUAGACUCCCACCGGCCCCACUACCAGACCCACCAACACUACCACACCCACCCUCAAGUCACCCACCUCCCACCUCCACACUACCAGCCUCAUGCGCAUUUGCACCACGGCAAGAAGAAGACCUGGAACUUCAUCCACGAGAAGAUGAGCUACGACACCUUCUUCACCAUGAAGCGGCUGAUCGAUCGCUCGCACACCGUGGAUGAAGUUCUGCGCUGGGUCCCCCAGAAUCCAGGGAAGAUCUCGCACAAUCAUUACCCCAUUGCCCUACAGAAGAUCGGUCAGCUCCUGGUGCUGCAGCAGGCUGGAGGGAGCGGAUCAGGCGGCGGUGGAGUAGCGGGUGACGGGGCCUUACCGGCAUCCUCUGCUGGAGGUUCGGGGGAGAACGCCAUACGACAGAUUCUGGAUAAUCAGGAUUUUCAGAUGCUCUGUGAUGCCAUUGUCAAUGACUGCUCCAAGUUUGACAACUUCAGCAUUGUUAACUGCCUUUAUGCUGUAGCUGCUCUUGGGCUGCCCAGUGACUCUCAGAUCGUACAGGUUCUGGAGGAAGAGUCCCAGGCUCGCCUGUCCCAGUUUAACCAAAAGGACAUCUCCAUGGUUUUCAGCAGCAGCAUGAAGCUUCAUCCGUCCAGCCAGCAUCCCUUGAUUGAAUCAUGUCUCGCCGGGCUAGAGAAGAACAUUGAGCGGGAGCGCCAUCCCCAGACGCUCUUCCUCCUGCUCUCCUACUACCGCACUAAAUGGAGAGCGCUGGGGGCGGCAGAUGUAGUUUCUCCUGAGCAGCUGGAGGUGAACCGGAAGAUCCUGCGGCUGGUGAAGCACACACUGGCUAGUGUUAGCAGCGUCAGGGACCAUGAGAUGGUUCUGCUGGAUGAGAUGCUGUCAGCAUGUGCCAGGGAGGCUAGCAACAAGAGCCUCGAGCUUAUCUUCAGCUCUCACCUCUUCUACCAGAACAGGCAGGAGAAGUUUGUGAGCAGCCUUGCAGAGGAGUUGCCUAAAAAGGUUGAUAGCAUUACGCCUUACACCAUGGCCCUCAUCGCCAAAUACAUCGCUCGCCAUCGCCUCAGAGAAACCCGCUUGCUAGACACUAUCGCUGACUUCUUGGUCAAGAAGGGUGAAUACCUGGACAGCAAGGUGAUCCAGAAGCUCGUUUUCCCGUUCAGUCGUAUGAGUUAUCGGCCGGCUAAUGAAGCUCAGUUUUUCUCCAAGCUGGAGAUGGCGCUUGAACUAAAGGCUCUGAGUUCUCCGCUGGCCACCGUAAACAUCCUCAUGUCUUUGUUUCAGCUGGGCCAUUUUCCUGGGCUUGUUCUUCACCGUGUCUUCUCUCCAUCGUUCAUCAGUAAUGUCACCAACAGCCCAUAUGCCCUGAUUGUACGUCGAUACCUUUCACUACUGGAUGCAGCCGUCGAGCUGGAAUACAGGGACUACACUGGACCUCGCCUUCUGGAUACCCACAAAGUGCUCAUGUUCGACCACGCUUUAACUGCGGAUGAGGUGAACCGCAAAUACAGUUAUAAAGGUCUGGUUGCAGAGGCACUCCGGCAGCUUGUUGGUGAGCACGGCUACAAACAAGAUGAAGUUCUCGCACCAGGAUAUUGCACAGAUUUCCUGCUGUGGGUCGACAGCACGGGCCGCGUCCUCCCCAUCAGAACAGGCACACCAGCAGCAUCAUUAGCAGCAGGUUCAACCGCGUGUGUAGUACUGAACCUCAAAUCUCCAGAGGGGCCCGGCUCUGUCGCAGCCCUUACUACUGACUUCCAGAAGUUCUCUCCCUUUGCCCCGUCACUGGAGGAAGGGGCCAACAAACGAGCAGGAGAGCAGGAGUCUGCCUUCCUCUCUGCUCACAUGCGUCCCCCAGCAGCAGCAGCAGUAGGAUCUCAGAGGGUCGGUCCUAAUGGAACGGUCCCGCUGAACUACAACCCAUAUUACAGCACUUCAGAUUAUUACUCGACUCUAGCCAAGGAACACUCUCUGGAGAGCCAGGACAGCUCCACCCUCAGUAGCCCCUCAGACUGCCUGACCCAGACAGGACCCUCUGUUCCAGGCACGGUUGCUCCGCAAGACUCCCUGUUCCAGUUCUCCAUUGGAAAAAUCCUGGAGGAUGAGGGAGGUGCUGCAACAGGAGCAAACCCGGGGCCGGACUGUGAGAUGGCUACAUUUUACGAAGGUGUUUCGUACCCAGAGGGUGGUGAGAGUGAUGUUGUGGCUGCUUCUCCACUGCAGCUUCACAACCCAGACAACCCUGAAGCUGACCGGACCACAGGAGAGCAGGUGAAGAGGGUUAUUAUGUCUGUAAAUGAUAAAUGGCAUUACUGCCAUUAUUCUGACGUGCUGGUCGGAUCCAGGGCAAUGAGAGACCGUCACCUGCAAUUAUUGGGCUACAUCAUACUACAGUUGCCCUAUUUGGAGUUGGAGAAGCUGAACGGGAUAGAGGAAGUGAAGCAGUACCUACACAAAAAGCUGCUGGAGGUUCCUUUAUGACGACAUAAAUGCAGUGUGUUUGUGUGCUUCAGAGAGUAUGUGCCACAUCCACAGUUUCAAGAGGUUUCGUUGUUUUCAGAAAGACGAUGGUGUCUGUGUGUGUAUGUGAGCGUCUGUAUGUGCGUUUGUACACCGGAUGUGAACAGUCCUUGAUUUCAGGACAAAACUUCGGCUGACACAAGGAAUCUGGGUGGGUGGGUGUUAUU